UGCGUAUUAAAGGUGGAUAGCAGAGCUGAGUCAAUUGACAAGAAAAUAGCUAAGCUUGAUGCAGAACUAGUGAAGUAUAAGGAUCAAAUGAAGAAGAUGAGAGAGGGGCCUGCAAAGAAUACGGUAAAGCAGAAGGCACUGAGGGUGUUAAAGCAGAAGCGAAUGUAUGAACAACAGCGGGAUAAUCUGUCACAGCAGUCUUUUAAUAUGGAACAAGCCAAUUACACUAUUCAGGCACUGAAGGACACAAAGACAACGGUUGAUGCAAUGAAACUGGGGGUGAAAGAAAUGAAGAAAGCUUACAAGCAAGUCAAAAUCGAUCAAAUUGAGGACAUACAAGAUCAAUUAGAGGAUAUGAUGGAAGAAGCCAAUGAGGUCCAGGAGGCACUGAGUCGUAGUUACGGAACACCAGAGAUUGAUGAAGAUGACUUGGAAGCAGAACUGGAUGCGCUGGGUGAUGAGCUUUUAGCCGAUGAAGACAAUUCCUACUUGGAUGAAGCUGCGUCUGCUCCAGCAAUCCCAGAAGUCACUCCUACUGACACGAAAAACAAAGAUGGUGUUUUGGUGGAUGAAUUUGGAUUGCCAAAGAUCCCUGCAACAUAAAGGUUUCAAAAGCACAAUGGAUAUAAUGAACUACACUUCACAAAACAAAUUAAGACCUUUUUUUUCUAUUUUUUUUUUUUUUUUUAAUAAAUCCUGGAGAACUUGUCCUUCCAGUAUGAUCUUAAUAGCACUACAUCUUAGAACGCAGUAUGAAUGGCUGGUGGUAUUCUUUCUUUGAAGAAAGUUGUUCUGCUACUGACUUUUCUAUUAAUGGAAAAUUCGUCACAGUUCCCUCCAGUGGAAGCAGUCGGUAUCAUAGGUUUUGAUUUCUGUGUGUUACGGGCAAAGUAAUAGGUGAAGAGUAGUGGUGGCUGUUGAUAGAUGAGGUUUGACUUUGUAUUUUGUUUCUGUUUCUUGAAAAUAAGACUGUACGUCGCUGCUUACUCUAUGUAAAAUAGCUCCCUUAUAACUAUGUGUAUUUGAUAAAAGAAUCGAAAGCAAUUUUUAAACUACUGCCGUCUUGAGACUUUUAUGCUAUCGUAUUGUAACCUUAUGGAAGGCUGUAAUAAAUCGGGUUGUCGUUAACUUUGUGCGUUCUGUGGAGACAUAAAGUCACGUAGCUCAGC